AUGAAUGACGCUGCUGAGUCAGACGGUGUUGAGGAGUGGAUCGCCUCGCCGCGAAACGAGGUUGCUGCAGAGCCGGCUGCAACGGUUGCAACGGAGGUUGUCGAUGCGGCCACUACUGAGUCGACUGGUUCAGUCGCUGUGAAGAAGCGACGAUUAACGCAGCAGGUUUUGCAGUGGGGAACACCGCCGCCGAAGCCUGUUGCUCCACCUCCCCGUCCUGCCCCACCCCCCAUUCGUCCCCUUUCAGACGAGGAGAAGAAGGAGAAGGCCUAUCUGAAGGCGCAGAAGAGCUACACGUCUGAUUGGCUACCGAAGUUUGACUGGCUGAUUCUGGACAGGACCCCUGAGGGUGACCCGUGUCUGCGCUGCAGUGUCUGCACGGAGCACGGGAAGGACAACACGCGUUACGGUCGCAAUGGCGCUGGCGGUCGUGAUCUGCAAAUCGGGUCGAUGCGGUGGCACGAGAACAGCGCGAAGCACGAGGACGCGAUGAACAAGCAGGCGAACCUUCUGCAGAAGAUCGCCGACCAGAAGAAGAUUGAAGACUUCGGGAAGGGAGAUCCAGAAGGCUGUCGUGUCGCGGUGGAGGUGACGCAAGUCACAGAGGAGGUCGACCGUGUGGUCUCCCUCAUCGAGCACCGCUACAUCGACUACGAGGGUGGUUUCGGGGCGGGUCUGAGCACCCACUUGUCUCCAUUCAUGGCACGUGUCAAGAAAGGGGACAAGAAGGUGAAGGUGGACGGUGUGGACGCUAGCGGCAGACCCGUCAGGCACACCUUCGAGCUCAGCGAGUUGCCGGACAAAAAGCACAAGUUCGGCGGAUCCCUGGUAGAUUGCGUGAAGAUGGGCAAGGCGUUCGCCCGUGAGGUCGUGUACAACCUGAAGCACCGCAUGCGAGAUCUUCGUCGAAUGGGCGGCAUGAAGCUGUUCAGGGUGGACAAGUGGCCAUCGAAUCUGGACACGCGUGCGAGACGAUAUGUCGUGGACAUCUGGCGCAAGCACAAGAAGAGGCGGCCGACAAAAUCCCCUGCACCCUUCCAACCAGCGGCUGACAAGAACAAGUCUGAGGCCAGUGCGGACGACGAGGAGGAGGCUGACGUGGCAGAGGAUGAGUGA